AUGUGCACCCACAAACAUCCCGAGGAUGCAACAAGAACCUACCUCCACAUCGCCUUGGAUGACAUCGACGAUAUGAAGCGUCACAUCCAAGAACUUGUGGCGUUCAUCGAUUCUGCGAUCAAGGGUGGUGGUAUUGUCUUAGUGCAUUGUGCUUUAGGACUAAACCGCUCCGCAGCAGCGAUCCUCUCGUAUCUUUGCUCCCAGAAGCCAAUAACAUCCUUAGAAGCACUCGAAUAUCUAAAGGAGCGGAAACCGGACGUCAGGCAAGUUCUUCUUCUUUGCUUCAUGGGAAUAGAUUUACUGACACUGAACGAAAGACCUUCUGCUCUUUUUCUUCAGCAAAUCAAUCAAUACUAUGGAAGGAAGGAGAAGAACGAGGCAGAAGACCCUAUGGCCCGAUUCCACAGGCGCUUACAGGAGAGGAAGGCAGGAAUUUCGAGCCAAAGUCCAAGUCCGGCUACAACAUGA